GGCAACCCUGGUGCUGCGGCGGCGUAGCCGGAGACCGUCCGAGUUCGGCUCCUCUGCGCUCCUAUGGAGGAGGCGGCGCUCACGGCGGCAGUCCCGGAUGCACGAACUUCCCGCUGGACGUCGCCGGAGGCGGUGGCUGCGCGCGCGCAGCAGCGAGCUGCCCGCGUGGGGGUGUGAGUGGACGUCUGGGCCGCGUCCCCGCGGGAGCCGCGCCGUCCGGCCGCCUACGACUGCCCGGACGUAGCGCCUUCUUCCUGUCUGCAAGCCCCGGCGCUGACUGGCGGGGGGCCUGCGGAUCUGAGAGCGGAGAAGGGCCCGUCGGGGGCCGCUUUUCUUCAACGCGUGUGCUGAGGUUAGACGCAACUUUCCUAGUAAUCCGCAGUGAGGAAGCCCAUGUUAAAAGAGGAAGCCUGAGAAGCACAGAGCUUUCAUUCCAGUAAGCUGUCUAUUGAAGCUCAGUUGACUAGUUGUCACAUUACUUGGGUGGAACUACUCUGCCAGGGUUUAAUACUUUAAAUGGGAAUAAACGAUAGCAUUUCCAAGAAAAUGAGAAUGAAUAAAUCAUCUCUGUUUUUUAAAAGAGAGACCAUAUUAAACUUACAUGCUCUCUCAGCUGUAAUUGACCUUCACAGAGUGGGAACCGUGUUAACAGAUCAAAGAAUAGUGAAGCAACUUUUCUUUCUGGGUUUUCACACUGGUGGACAGACUAUUUGAAGACUGCAUCAUCCUGAAGCAAGCAUCAUCCUGAAGCAAGCAGUUUCUCUGUCUGUGAUCAAUGUCACUCACAGGAACUUCUUAAGUAACAAACGAAAUGAUCCUGGGGCGUGGAAAAUAUGAUUUUUAUAUUGGUCUAGGAUUGGCUAUGACCUCCAGCAUCUUCAUUGGAGGGAGUUUCAUUUUGAAAAAAAAAGGCCUUCUGCGACUUGCCAGAAAAGGCUCCAUGAGAGCAGGUCAAGGUGGCCAUGCAUAUCUUAAAGAAUGGUUGUGGUGGGCUGGACUGCUAUCAAUGGGAGCUGGUGAGGUGGCCAACUUUGCUGCAUAUGCGUUUGCUCCAGCCACAUUAGUGACCCCACUAGGGGCUCUCAGUGUCCUCGUAAGUGCCAUUCUUUCUUCGUACUUUCUAAAUGAAAGACUUAAUCUUCAUGGGAAAAUUGGGUGUUUGUUAAGUAUUUUAGGAUCUACAGUUAUGGUCAUCCAUGCUCCCAAAGAAGAGGAGAUUGAGACUUUGAAUGAAAUGUCACAUAAGUUAGGUGACCCAGGUUUUGUGGUCUUUGCAACAUUUGUGGUCAUUGUGGCCUUGAUAUUAAUCUUUGUGGUGGGACCUCGCCAUGGACAGACAAACAUCCUUGUGUACAUUACAAUCUGCUCUGUGAUUGGAGCAUUUUCAGUCUCCUGUGUAAAGGGGCUGGGCAUCGCCAUCAAAGAGCUGUUGGCUGGAAAGCCUGUCUUACGGCAUCCCCUGGCAUGGAUUCUGCUGCUUAGCCUUGUGGUCUGUGUGAGCACACAAAUUAAUUACCUAAACCGGGCUCUGGACAUAUUCAAUACUUCCAUUGUGACUCCAAUAUAUUAUGUAUUCUUUACAACCUCAGUUUUAACUUGUUCAGCUAUUCUUUUUAAAGAGUGGCAAGAUAUGCCUGUUGAUGAUGUCAUUGGGACGCUGAGUGGCUUCUUCACAAUCAUUGUGGGGAUAUUUUUGUUGCAUGCCUUUAAAGACGUCAGUUUUAGUUUAGCAAGUCUGCCUGUGUCUUUUCGAAAAGAUGAAAAAGCAGUGAAUGGCAAUCUUUCUAAUAUGUAUGAAGUUCUUAAUAAUAAUGAAGAAAGCUUACCCUGUGGAAUUGAACACACUGGUGAAAAUAUCUCCCGUAGAAAUGGAAAUCUGACGGCUUUUUAAGGAUAUGAUUGAAAGGUUUAUCUACAAUUCUGUUAGUGAUUUUUAAAUAUCAGAAUGUAUCUACAAAAAAACAUUGUCCUCAAAUAAUGUUCUCAAAAGACAAUCUUUUUUAAGGUUUCACUAAUUUGGAUCAAGAAAUUACUUUUCUUAUAUUUAAACAAUGGUAGCUCACUAAAAUAACCUCAGUACAUGGCUGAUUUCUAUUAACAUUGCAUUAUUGUAAAGGUAUUUUACAUUUUUGAUUCUUUCUCCAAAAAUCUAAAUGCACUAAUGACAAUUUUAAACCUAUAAAAUUUUUAUUUUUCCAUCAGUGAUGAAAGUCUAAAAUGUACAUUUGUCACCCCCAUUUCAGUCCCUAACCACACUAAAAUUUUUUGAUUGUGAAAAAAAUCCUCGGAUUUAUCUUGCCUAUAAAAUUGACUCCUGUUUGAUGAAUUAAUUUUGGAAUGUUUAGGGAAUUCCUAAGUUACUAAUUGAAGGAAACUCAUUUAAAACAAAAAACGUAACUGUGACUCAUAAGAUUCUCAGGUGGUGACUUGAUGACCUCCUUGUUAACAAUCAGUGUGCCCAUGUCCAUGAUGCCUAGAACCUUGAUUGACAUUUUACAUCAACUCUUCUUCUUUUCAGUACAAUUUCAUAAUGGAUUAUAUUGUCAGCAGACCUUUUAACCACACUGGGAAAUAAAAUCAGAAGACUAGUGUGAUUUCUUGAAUUUAGAAGCUCAUAUUAGGAUCUAAAGUUGGAACAAAUUCUUUUUCUGAGUUAAAUCUCAAAUUUAAAGUGUUUGUAAAACAUGGUCUCUUUGUACCAGGCAUUUUAUUUUGCUGAAGAGUUUGAACCAUUAUACAUUUUAGUUUUUUAGAAAAUGUUUGUGGAAAAUAUCUUUAUAGAGAAUUUCAAACAGGUACAAAUAUGACAGUGUAAUGAGCACUUUCCAACUUCAAAGUCCCAUUUAUUGACCUUUAAAUAUCAUCCUUCAAAAAAAAAAAAAAAAUAUCAUCCUUCACCCCCUCUCCCCAUCCCUGCUGCAGUAAGAACUGAGGUUUGGGACUAUCCCGUUUUCCUGUUCCUGCCUAUGGUUGUAUGAAGGCUUGCUACCAAGCCUCAUGGCAGUACUGCUGAGUCCCAUGCAGUCUCCAUUACAGGAUUAACAUUCCCCAAGUUUUGUGAAAUAAAUCCUUUGUUUGCUACCUUUGUUUUAUUAUUGGUACUCCAAGGAGCUGUUACCUUUUUUUUCCUCUGAAUGUUUCUUCCAUGUAACUAUUUUUUUGGUUGUAUUGGGAAUCAAUCACAGGACCUCAUAUAUGCCACACAAAUGUUACAACACUGACCUAUAUUUCCAGCCUUCCUAUGUAAUUUAAAUACCAGAGAUAUAAUUUUAAUUUUUUUCACAGCUAUAUUGUUUAUGUACUGUAUCUGCUUUGUUUUGCACAUAAAAAAAGCCAGUGUUCAUCGCCUUGGGGAUGAAAAGUAUCCUCAUUGAGAAUGUGUGACUUGAUACUUAAAAUGUUUUAUAGUACUCAUAUUGUUGCUUAAGUAUUUGAUUUUGCAUAUCACUUGGAAAUAUAAUCAUUAACCUUAAAAAUCUACAUUUCUAUAGGGUGAGUACAGAUGCCAUUAGGAUUAUUCAUAUCAUAAAAAAAUAUUUUUAGGUAACUUUUAUAAAUAGGGUUAAAGAUGUUACUCAGGUUAACAUAUAGCAGAACAGUACAUGUUCUAUUUUCUGUGUAAAAUAAAGCUUGAAGCUCCUGGA